GGCUGCUGCCAAGGGCCUUUCGCUCAGCCUGAUGGAGCGUCUCAUCGAGAGAUACGGGGAGAAGGUUGUGAGGAUGCUGACGGUGCAGUACCGCAUGCACCAGGCCAUCAUGCAGUGGGCUUCCUCGGAGAUGUACGGCGGCCGGCUCACUGCUCACCCCUCGGUGGCCCAGCAUUUGCUCAAGGACCUGCCAGGUGUCACCUCGACGGAAGAGACCACGAUUCCCUUGCUGCUCAUAGACACUGCUGGCUGUGGCCUGUUGGAGCUGGAAGUGGAAGACGAACAGUCCAAGGGGAAUCCAGGGGAGGUGCAGCUGGCCGGUUUGCACAUCCAGGCCUUGGUGGAAGCUGGCGUGAAGGCGCAGGACAUCGCUGUUGUGGCCCCCUACAACCUCCAGGUGGACAUGCUCAGAGAGCACCUUUGCCACAGGUACCCAGACCUGGAAAUUAAAUCAGUUGAUGGUUUCCAAGGAAGAGAGAAAGAGGCAGUGAUCCUGUCGUUCGUGAGGUCCAACAGGAAAGACACAAGCAAACCUGGGGCGCAGAGCCCGGCGAGAGAAGACAGUGCCGACAGAUUCAAGGCCAUGCUGGUGGCCUUCCUGGAGAGCAGCGAGCCACAGCUGGAUUUCCCCCCGUCCCUCAAUUCUCACGAUCGGAUGCUGGUUCACCUCCUGGCAGAGGAGUACGGGCUGCAGCACGGGAGCAGCGGGGAAGGGAGGGAGCGGUACAUCAGCGUGCGCAAGAAAGAGCCUGCCGAGCCUUCGCCGCCCGCAGCCACCCCCGACAGCGAGCAGCUCCCCCGUCCCCAGCCGCAGCAUCCCGGCAGGGAAACUCCUGUCCCCGCGGAGCCGGGGGGAAGCAGCUGGGGCUCAGGGAAGGUAGAUCUGAAAACCCUGCACCUGGAGAGGGUUCAGAGAGAGAAAGCCAGGCAGGAGGAGGCAGCGAGGAAGGCUGAGGAGCCCAGUGCCAGCCUUCAGGGCAGCAGCAGGAAAAAAGAGAAAAGCGAAGCCAAAGGAAAGCCGGCAGUUAAGAGCGGAGCAGGCAGCGUGGCAGAAGAAGAUAUCGAUGCUCUGAUUUCUGCUGCCAUCAAAGCUGACAACACCUGCGGCUUCCCCCGCUGCAAAGCCAGCGUCACAACCCUGGGACAGCUUUGCCUCCACUGCAACAGGCGCUACUGCCUCAGCCACCACGUCCCGGAGGGUCCGGUUCACGGCUGCGGGGACAAGGCCAGGGCCCACGCGCGGCAGAGGAUCAGCAGGGAGGGGGUUCUCUAUCCCGGGAGCGGCUCCAAGGACAAGUCCCUGGACCCCGCCAAGAGAGCCCACCUCCAGCGGCGCCUGGACAAGAAGCUCAGCGAACUGACCAGCCAGAGAAAGAGCAAAAAGAAGGACAAGAGAAGUGAAAGGUCUGAAUGCUUCCUUCUUAACCUUGAAGCCACAGAUCAGCUGAGCGGGGGAAGGCGAGCAGCGUUAUCUGUCCCGGUUAUCCCUAUUGACAGAGCAGCGGGUGUGCACAGAGAGGCUGGAGGACGCCGGGAGCACGGAUAUUAA